UCCCGGGCCCGCAUGGCGGCCGGCACGCGCCCGGCGACCGGACCUCGGUCUCGCGCGGCCAUGGCCCAGUGGAGGAAGAAGAAGGGGCUCCGGAAGCGUCGGGGCGCGGCCGCCCAGGCGCGCAGCAGCGACUCCGAAGACGGCGAGUUUGAGAUCCAGGCGGAAGACGACGUCCGGGCCCAGAAGCCGGGUCCUGGCAGACCCCUGCCCGCCUUCCCCGCCUCAGAGUGCAUGUCGGACGUAGAGCCGGACACACGGGAGAUGGUGCGAGCCCAGAACAAGAAGAAGAAAAAGUCGGGAGGCUUCCAGUCCAUGGGCUUGAGCUACCCCGUGUUCAAAGGCAUCAUGAAGAAGGGAUACAAGGUGCCCACACCCAUCCAGAGGAAGACCAUCCCCGUGAUCCUGGACGGCAAGGACGUGGUGGCCAUGGCCCGCACAGGCAGCGGCAAGACGGCCUGCUUCCUCAUCCCCAUGUUCGAGCGGCUCAAGGCCCGCAGCGCCCAGGCCGGGGCCCGUGCGCUUGUCCUCUCCCCCACCCGCGAGCUGGCGCUGCAGACCAUGAAGUUCACCAAGGAGCUGGGCAAGUUCACCGGCCUCAAGACUGCCCUGAUCCUGGGCGGGGACAAGAUGGAAGACCAGUUUGCGGCCCUGCACGAAAACCCCGACAUAAUCAUUGCCACCCCUGGGCGCUUGGUGCACGUGGCGGUAGAGAUGAGCCUGAAGCUGCAGAGUGUGGAGUACGUGGUAUUCGACGAGGCCGACAGGCUCUUUGAAAUGGGGUUCGCAGAGCAGCUGCAGGAAAUCAUCGCACGCCUCCCUGGGGGCCACCAGACAGUCCUGUUCUCCGCCACACUGCCCAAACUGCUGGUGGAGUUCGCCCGGGCGGGCCUCACGGAGCCAGUGCUCAUCCGGCUGGAUGUGGAUGCCAAGCUCAGCGAGCAGCUCAAGACCUCCUUCUUCCUGGUGCGGGAGGACACCAAGGCCGCCGUGCUGCUCCACCUGCUGCGCGCUGUGGUGCGGCCCCAGGACCAGACAGUGGUGUUUGUGGCCACGAAGCACCACGCCGAGUACCUCAGCGAGCUGCUGACGACCCAGCGGGUGAGCUGCGCCCACAUCUACAGUGCCCUGGACCAGACGGCCCGCAAGAUCAACCUGGCCAGGUUCACGCACGGCAAGUGCUCUGCCCUCAUCGUGACCGACCUGGCGGCCCGGGGCCUGGACAUCCCACUGCUGGACAACGUCAUCAACUACAGCUUCCCUGCCAAGGGCAAGCUCUUCCUGCACCGCGUGGGCCGCGUGGCCCGGGCCGGCCGAAGCGGCACAGCCUACUCCUUGGUGGCCCCAGACGAGGUCCCCUACCUGCUGGACCUGCACCUGUUCCUGGGCCGUGCGCUCACCCUCGCCCGCCCCCACGACGAGCCCUCAGGCGCGCUGGCCAGGGACGGCGUGCUGGGCCGGGUGCCGCAGGGCGUGGUGGACGACGAGGACGGCGGCCUGCGGGCCACGCUGGAGGCCUCGCUGGAGCUGCGUGGCCUGGGCCGCGUGGCCGACAACGCCCAGCAGCAGUACGUGCGCUCGCGGCCCGCGCCCUCCCCGGAGUCCAUCAAGAGGGCCAAGGAGCUGGACCUGGCGGAGCUGGGACUGCACCCCCUCUUCAGCUCGCGCUUCGAGGAGAAGGAGCUGCAGCGGCUGAGGCUGGUGGACAGCAUCAAGAACUACCGCUCGCGGGCGACCAUCUUCGAGAUCAACGCCUCCAGCCGGGACCUGAGCAGCCGGGUGAUGCGUGCCAAGCGUCAGAAGGACCGAAAGGCCAUCGCCAGCUUCCAGCAGGGGCGGCAGGGCCGGCAGGAGGGCCUGCGCAGCCGAGCCCUGGAAUGCCCGGCCCCGCGGGGGCAGCAGCAGCAGCAGGAGGAGGAAGAGGAGGAGGAGGAGGAGGGGGCAGCGUGCGGGGAUGUGGAGGAUGUCUUCACAGAGGUGGUGGGUCGGAAGCGGCAACAGCCAGGGCCUGAUCGGGAAGCCAAGAGGCGGCGGAGGGGUGCCCAGCAGCGGGACCAGGAGUUCUACGUCCCCUACCGGCCCAAGGACUUCGACAGCGAGCGGGGCUUGAGCGUCGGAGACGGGGGCGCCUUCGAGCAGCAGGUGGUGGGCGCUGUCCUGGAUCUGAUGGGGGACGAAAGCCAGAACCUGACCAGGCCCCGGCAGCAGCUCAAGUGGGACCGGAAGAAGAAGCGGUUUGUGGGACAGUCAGGACAGGAGGACAAGAAGAAGAUCAAGACAGAGAGUGGCCGCUACAUCAGCAGCUCCUACAAGCGAGACCUCUACCAGAAGUGGAAGCAAAAACAGAAAAUCGACGAUCGCGACUCUGAAGACGAAGGGCCGGCUCACCAGCGGGCCCCGGGCCGGAGAGGUGGGAAGUGGGGCCGAGGCCCAGGUGCAGCCCAGCCCCGCAGCCCGGGCGCCCCCGCGGGCCACGUGCGCUCCGAGCUGAAGACCAAGCAGCAGAUCCUGAAGCAGCGGCGCCGCGCCCAGAAGAUGCGCUUCCUGCAGCGCGGGGGCCUCAAGCAGCUCUCCGCCCGCAACCGCCGCCGGGCCCAGGAGCUACAGCGGGGCGCCUUCGGCCGGGGGCCCCGCGGCAAGAAGGGCAAGAUGAGGAAGAAGAUGUGACGAGGGACUCGGCCCGCGGUGGGCACUCGCCAGGCGGCCGGGGGCACCCCGUGGGGCUGCAGCCCUGGAGGCGUCACCUGCGCCCCCGAGGGGCAGCCGCGCCUCUGCCUGCGACACUUGGGGGGGCCUUGCCCGUGUUGGGGGGCUACAGCACGCCCCGCGGGCCGAGGCCGGAGGCGGGAAUUCGCGGCUGCUCCCCUGCAUUCCAGCAGUCACCGCUGAACCCCGGUGCCUCGGCCCGUGAUGUAUUUAUAAUGUAAUAAACCUUCAUUGAGCACAUCUCGGCGGGAGCGCAGCCCGCUCGGGUCUGGAGCCGGGCCGCUGGCGCCUCUGAGGGAGGCUCGUGCCAUCCCGCCCGGCCCGCCGCGGGCUCUGCUGGCGUCUCCAUUUUACAGACGAGGGAAAUGAGACCACGGCCAGUCAGUGGCCUGAGGCAGGCAAGUCAGAAGCUGGUGGCCAGCGCCCCAGCCUCCUGCCAGGACCGCCGGCAGCUGGAAUGGGCUGGGGGCUGGAGAUCCCCGGUGAGGGCACAGCGACGCCCCUCGGGCUCCGAGGGCUAGCUCUGCCCCACUGCACACCGACGCCACAGUCCUGUGCUCCCCGGCCCUGUUUGGGGUCCUGGAGGUCGAGGGCAAGCCCCGGAAGACUGACUUGGUCUUCGGUUCUGUAUUCACAGAUUCGACCAACCUUGGAUGUCGGUUGGUUGAAUCUGAGGAUUUGGGCCUGUGGAUACGUAAGUUCUGCCUGGCCUUCGGGUGCCCGGGGGUCGUCAUGUGCCUCGUGUACACCCCAUAACAGUCCGGGUGGGGAAAAAAGUUCAUGGAGAGCCACACAACCCUCACCCCAAAGAUGUGGCUGCUCUCCCGGGGAUAGGACCCCCAAGGGACCCCCUUCCCCGCUGCUCACCUGCGGCAGGGCUAGGAGUGGGGGGUGGCGGGCUCAGCCUGAGCGAGGCUGGCCAGCAUGGAGCUGAGGUCCUGGAUGAACAGCUUCACCUGGGGAGUCACGACAAGACCAGGGUGGCAGCGGGCCCUGCCCCUGCCAGGCACCUGCCUGGCACCGGCAGCCUGUGGAGCAGCUGUGCCCAGGGGCAGAGGACCCAGCCUACACCCCUCUGGGUUUUAAAGCCUCGGUCCUACCUCCCCGACAACCCGCAGCAGGCGUUUUGUGGCUCGCACUCACCUGUGCAAUAAUUAAAUUAGUAUUUUUCGUUU